CGCUUGGCCGCUAGCGGACGCGCGAUCCACAGGUCCCUCAACACCAGUGUUCCAGUGCGUUGCAUCCGGUGUGCGAGCGCGGCCCGACCGAUUCGUGUUGGUGUGGUGCGGUGCUCAAGGCAAAGUUCGCGCGCCCUAACCCCUACCCCCAAUUAGCACCGUCCGUCCGGUCCGGUUUGCGGUCUGCUCCCGCCGAUCCCGUCCCCGAUCGAUCGAACCGAGAGUGGAGGAGGCGCUGCGGGGAGGACAUCGAACGAUCGCGCGAUGGCAGCGCACCGAACGCUCGUAUGGCUGUUACUCGGCUUCCUGGUCCACCGCACGGCGUUACUUGCCAGCGCACAGUCCUUCGGACCGUUGAUACGCAUUCGCGCCCCGUCUACUCCUGCGAAAACGUUCCAAGAGGAUCUGAAUCACAACAUACAGAGCAUCUACGAUCCCCACUACCGUGCACCACCCACGGUCAGCGAACGGAACACGUCGGAACCGACGCCGGACGAGCUGGUUACGCGCGUGGGGGCUCGGGUCAAACAACCGGUCGGGAGCACCGAAGUGUCGCCCGGUAGCAGCAUCCUGUUUGUGCACAAACUGGAGAAUGGUUCGUUGGUAUCGCAGUUCGGAAGCACCACGCCGGCCCGCCAGCAGCCGCCAGCUGCCGGUUCCAGUUCCAGUCCGGCCGAGAAUCAAGCCUUUGUCGCACCGCCAACCAGCAGCGAACCGGUCAUCCAGGUGCUGCGAGUGGCUAUCGAUGGGAACGACACCCACGAGGUUAAAUUCGACAAGGAGUCUUACCCCCACGACUAUCCCUUCGGGCGGAUCCAGGACAUCUUGAAGCAGAAGCGCGAAAUCUACCGUGACGUAUUCCAGGAACAACUGGUGGUGAACUCGCUGGUCACGCGCCUUGACAGCCCGACCGAUCAGUUCCUGUGCAGCUCCAGCCGCGCCAACGAGUACCCGACGCACCACCACAGUGGCCAGUAUAUAGUCAACGUGCGGGGCUUCUACCAAAGCGUCACCUUCGAACACUGCGACAAUAUCGGGGCGGCCUGCAGCAACGCAAUCACCGAUAGCAACAGCUCCCUAGUGUGCGAACAGGUCUACAGCACCUACGACGUGUACGUGGUACCCAACACGGGGGGCAGUUUCAAACGACUGCCGCUGGAGUUUCCUUCCUGCUGCAAGUGCAAACACAUCCCGAAGUAAAGUGGUGUUCCGCCGCAGCCGUUGCCGCCGUCGCCGCCACCGCCGCCGCCCCCGCCGGCAUUAGUCACUCUCUCGGCGUGUAACUUGCAUCGCCCUCAAAGCUCAAAGACCCUAGACACCUUGACCGAUCGAACGAUCAGAAACCGAGGCGCGAACUGCGAAAACUCUGUCUCUGAUGCACGCGGUGCCUUCUCAUACCUGCCCAACGUGUCCGCGCUGUGCUGAAGAGCUGUCGAAGCCAUCAACUAGCUGUGGUAUUGAAGCAUACAUAGAUACCUAUACUGUAGCGCUUAAGGAAGAUCCGGGAAGAUCCCUCGGAACUUAACUAGCUUUAUUGUAAGUGCUUUUUAUUAUUACUUCAUAGACUCGGGGGAGCUUGUUUGCUGUUGUUUCGUCCGCUCUGCUCCGUCGCGUUGAGGUUAGGAUAAAACCAAAAAUAUAAUGAA